UGCUAUUCACUCAAGAAAAGAGAAAAGGAAAACAUCAUGGAAUGGUCAAAAGAAUGCGAUGUGCUUCCUUUUACACAACAAUUAGUCUAAUUGAGCUGGUUAGUAAGUGUUUCAUGUCAGCUGCUUGGUGUGGGUUCGAAUCCCAUAUUCAGCAUCAAUAUUUUGACUAAAAAAUCCCUGUAAAUAGGGUCUACCAAUAGAUCUAGCGCACAGAAAAAAUCAUGAUCGAUCCAAUCCAGAGAGAAAAUCACGGACAUCAACGUUUCAGGAAAUCUUUCCACUAAAUGCGUCAUCAAAUAAGCAACUUCUUCAGAUUUUCAAUCUCAAACAAAGAUCCACUACGCAUUAAAUCAAAGUGUUUGCGUCUUUAACAACGACGAAGUCUGGGUGAGAUGGUUAGUGUGGUGGCGUGCCUACAGGACGUCGGGGAUUCUCAUCCAUUCCGAAUGAGAUCCAGAUCGUUCGGAUCUGUUACAAACUGCCAGUCGGCACGAAUUUAGCAUUCUCGUUAUUUGUUUUUGUAUGGGCGAGUGCUGCGGGAGGGUGCCGGACAGGCGGCGGCGGUCGCGUCCGAACACGAAGAAAUCUGGAUCUGUCCGCGAUUCCAUUCCAUCGCUCGCAGCAAAAAGGCCGGAUUUUUCUCCCUUUGCUACUCGAUUCCCUGGUGAUUCUUCUUCCUUCUCGGGGCGAAAUCAAUCUUAUUUUGGUAUCUUCUGAGCCUUCCUGGAUCCACUCAAUCAAUCAUUCGCCACUCUCCAGUCCAGAUCUUCCCUCUCUCCGGAUUGGAUGCGAUAAGGAGCCGCCGACCAAUGGCGCUCGGGCACACGUGCCUCCACGUCCGGCGGCAUCAGCAGCAGCACGCCUCCUCCUCCUCCUGCUCCGCCCCCGCCGUCGCCGCCUUCGUCGGGCUCUGCCUGGUCGCCGUCUGGAUGGCCUCCUCCACCCUCGUCACCCUCGCCGAGUUCUCCCCGUUCCAGGCCCCAUUGUUGCGCCGCCCCGCCGCUCCGGUGGAGGGGACCGCGGGCGCCGACAAGCCCCCGGUCGGCGUCAGAGAGGAGAGCGCCGACGAGCAGGAGCCCCCUAUGACAGAGCGGCAGCAGGCGGAUCAUUCCACAGAGAAAGCAAAGGGGCUGAUGAACAACAGAGUGUGCCGGAGCUCAUGGGGAAGCCGGAUGAGGAUCCCGGCGAGAAGCCACAGGCAAAGAAGGAUGAAGCCGAGGUGUUCCCGGACGCGAAGGACGCCGAGCUCCUCAACAGACGGCGACAGGCCAGGCCCGUGGCGCACCCAGGCCGCGGAGUCCAACAAGGAGCGAACCACGGCGCCAGGUGUUCCAGCGAGCCACAGCUGGAAGCUCUGCGAUGUUGAGGCCGGAGCCGAUUACAUCCUACCUCGACAAUGUGGAGGCUAUCAAAAAGCUCCAGGGCGACAAGCACUACGAGCACCUGGAGAGGCAUUGCCCUGAGGAACCUCUGACCUGCCGCCGGGUCACCGGAGUCCGAUAAGGUGGCCGACGAGCAGAGACCAGAUAUGGUAUAGCAACGUUCCUCAUACCAAGCUGGUGCAGUACAAGGGGCACCAGAACUGGUUUCAUGUCUCCGGGGAGCACUGUUAGAGUUGUGUCGAAUAUUAUUGUACAAGGUAGGUUACAGUUGGACUUGAUUUUGGACUGUGUGUAGACAGGAUAGGAGUUGUGUCCUAGGCCUCUCAUAUAUAUCGGGGGUAGACACAUUAUGUAAUCUAUGCCAAUAUAAUAGCACGGGCAUGCGAAGGAGCUUGCGGCGUGUGCCGGCUUCCGGGCGGCCGGGGUGCGGUAUUGUGACGGUGUCAUUGGGAGGAGCGC